AUGUCACGAAAGAAGUCUCUCCUCAUCGGCAUUAACUACACCGGAAGCCAGAAUGAACUCAGGGGCUGUCAUCAAGACGUCGAGAAUGUCGCCGAAUUCCUGAGUUAUAGAGGCUAUUCCGACGAUCCGCGUGCCCAAGUCAUUCUUCGAGACGAUGCUCGAGGGCAAUACUACCCAAACGGUCACAACAUUCUCGCCGCAAUUGAUUGGCUAGUCUGUGAACCAGGAACCUGUAACUUCUUCCACUAUUCCGGACACGGCGGUCAAGUGCGAGAUCCCACCGGGAAUCAUCCAUCCGGAAUCCUCGAUACAAUUUGUCCCGUGGACUUCCAGGAAAAUGGUCAAAUCAACAGCGAUAUUCUACACGAGCAUUUGGUCUCUCGGCUUCCACCAAACAGUACCCUCUUCGUGAUCCUCGACUGCUGCCACUCUGGUUCGGCCCUCGAACUUCCCUUUGUCUACCGGUCGGAUGAUGAAGGGAACGUGAAUCUCAUGGACAACUUGAAAGAAGGGAUGCACCUAUUCGGUGAAGCUAACGAUCUGUUCCGAGGUGGAUUUUCCUUCCAAAAGCUUGGAGAAGCGGAAGAUUUGUACGCGGGUGCCACCAACUUUUUCCGGUCUUUCAAACAUAUGGGGGAAUCUCAACCACCUGGACUUGGGGAGGAUAGCAACUAUGCUGAGUAUGAGAGGGAGCAUAAGAUGGUCUCUAUGUUCUCUGGUUGCCGUGAUGACCAAACGAGCGCGGAUGCUAAUAUUGGGGGUAUGAGUGAGGGCGCUAUGUCCUGGGCGUUCCUGGAGACAAUGAAGCGGAUUCCGAAUCCGACUUAUCUGCAGGCUUUGACCGAUACGAGGUAUUGCUUGAAGCAAUCCAAUUACACUCAGGUUCCGCAGCUGUCUAUUGGAUUGCAGAUGGACUUAGAACGACCGCUUGUAUUGUGAGUGUGCUUGGCAAGAAGAGUAACAAAUCAUGAUGCAUGGGUAAUUUAUAUGAGCGCACCAACAAGAAAAGUCUAGCAAUUUCAAAAAUUUGUUAUUCAGAGGCAGUCAGAAUAGAUUUCGUUACUUUCCACGACCCUCAUCUCAAAUAUUGCUGAUUCCAGUCAGUUCCGGGAAGGCAACUUACCCAACCUCGCGGUGGACAUAAAAGAUACACAAAUUUUAAGGUUGGACAGUGAUUUGGACUUUGAGAGGAGGGGACGUGAAUAUUCGACAGCUUUCGAGAUUUUCAAAAUGUUGUGCAAUGUAGGAGAGCUCCUA